GGUGUGACCAUGAACGCAUCAGAGCCAGACUGUUGUCAAGAGAAACGUUGCUAAUCUCCACACACGGCUUUUAGCUUCAAAGUGAAGCUAAGUUUGGGUUUAUCUUUGUCUGGCAGUAUUGUCUCUGCGACAGUACGAAGAUGUUUGGGUAUAUCUGGCAGUACGUCUACACAUCCUUUCUGAGAUACUGGCUGAAGUGGCUCGUCAGACAGGCGACAGGGAAAUGUGAACUACAGAGAAUAUGCUCUGGAUACAAGCAAGGGGCAACAAGGACAACAAAAGCAGAAUACUCCAUUCGGUCAUCUAAGAACAAGAUUUUAAGAGGAGCUUUGGAAACCAGCAAGGAUAAAUUAGAACAAUGUGUGGAUCAAAUUAUGAAAGAGAAGAAUGUCAAGCCCCAGAAAGAUCCCCUGUUCAAGGAGAGCCUGCACGUCUGUCUGCUACAAAUAACAGGAUACAACAGUCUGUAUAUAACUGUGGAAGACUUGAGGAAGGAAGUCUUCAGCUCGGAGAACGCAGAACAUGAGGCCAUGCUUUUGAAGCUCUGGGACCUGUUGAUGCCAACAGUCAAACUGGAAUCGAGGAUAACCAAACAGUGGGGAGAUAUUGGAUUCCAAGGGGAUGACCCCAAGACUGACUUCAGAGGGAUGGGCUUGCUGGGACUAAUCAACCUUGUUUUCUUCAGUGAAAACUACACAGAAGAGGCUCGUCAGGUGUUGUCUCAUGCAAACCAUCCUAAACUGGGGUAUUCAUAUGCCAUAGUUGGGAUCAACUUGACAGAGAUGGCCUACAGCCUCCUGAAGAGUGGUGCUUUGAAACCACAUCUCUACAAUACAGUCCAGAGCACUCCUGAGCUCCAGCACUUUCAUCAGCUGUACUGUUACCUGGCGUAUGAAUUUGAUAAGUUCUGGGUGGCAGAGGAACCAGAGAGCAUCAUGCAUUUCAAUCAGUACAGAGAAAAAUUCCAUAAUAUAGUCCAGACACAUCUACAGGACCCUGAUGUGUCCCUCACAUUGACUGUCCGUUCUAAAAACUAACAUAAAUAAAGGAUGAUAAAGGAUUAACACGACCCCCUGAAUUCUCCACAGCCCCUGACAUUGUUUGAUCAGGCAUAGGAAGCCACAAAGGUUCAGCAUAACAGCUGAAAAUUAAAAAUAUUCCUCAAACAUUCAAACAAAUUAACUCUCUUAUGUUUGGUUUUGUGAGUCAUUAGUCAUGUUCUGCUCUUGUUUUAGUCAUACUAAAUUGUUUUAAAGUAGAGCACAAAUCUGACCUAUACCUCAGAAAUGACCAUUCCAGUGGUUGUCCUUCAUAAAGGGGAAAUGAGAGCUGCUGCAGAGGACUGUAGUGAUAAUACAAGCUCUAUCUUUUGUGAGCAUUGAAGCACUUUCAGUAAGCAAGCAGCCAAAUUGUUGCAGUUUACAGACAGUUAUUGAAAAAUGGUGAUGAACCACCGUAUUUUAGCUGUCUUGUUUGUAUUUGUUUUCACACUUGUCCUGCUCAGGAAUUUGAUAUUUAUGUCCACAGACCAUGACUAAAACUCAAUGUAUGGAAUGAAUUCCAUUGUGGUGUUCUCAUCUUAAAAGUUGUGCAUGGUAUAAUGUCCCAAAUGAUUCCAUUAAUGCCAUCUGUAUUAUGUAAUGAUAAUGAUGUGGAACUCAAAAUAGUUGUUUUGCCUCUCUUUUCAUAAAUUCGUAUGUCUGAAGACUGAUGUUGCAUUUUCAUUACCUGCUAUUUUUAUUCUGUGAUUUGCUUUUGAGGAAGUUAUGUAAUGAUUAACACAUCUUGCUCAAAGUUAAUAAAUACACAUUUUGAUGUUUUGAAA